CCCUCCCAAGCCAGUAUCCAAGACCCUGACCCCAUGGAAGGGACCUCAGCAGCUGCAAAUUCCUCAAGCCUCCCUCCUCCAUCCCGAAGGCUAUCACAGAUAAGUCAUUGUAAGAAGAAGACGCGAGACGAGAUGUUUUCAGAAAUUAUGGAAUCCAGCCGCAGUGACAGAGCUCAUCUGAAUGAGUGGAAGGAAACGGUUGCAAAGUAUAGGAAAGAAGCCAGUGAACGUGAGGACAGGAGGGACCAACGUGAGGACAUGAGGGACCAACGUGAGGACAGGAGGGACCAACGUGAGGAGAGGAGAGACGCUCGAGAUAAGAGGUGGCGGCAGGAAGAUCAGAGGAGGCAGGAUGCAACGCUGGGGCUGCUGCGUGAGCAAACAGACAUGCUCCGGCGUCUGGUGGAGCUUCAGGAAUGGCUGCAGGAAAACAGACUGCCGCUACAGCCCCUGUACCCACCUCCCCGUUUUGUAGGGUGGCUUGUGGGGAAAGGGCAAAGAAUGCAGCGUCGGUUUGACAACCGAUGGCAUUUAGUAAAGGGAUAG